CUGACUGUGUGUUCUAGGGGAUAAAUAUUACUAAUAGUAUGUCUUGACCAACCGUGAUUUGAAACCUAAGCAUCUGUGAAUUGGAAUUACAACGACAAAGACCGCAAAUAUGUUUCUCUUGGACCACGACACCCUCUGCAACCUUCUCUACAACAUCCCAUACUCUCCCAGACCACGAGUGGGAAUCGGACGCAUGCGCUAAAGAGGAAAAAAAUCCAUCAGAAAGAAAACUACACCGCCCAGAAUCCCUCCCAUUACUUCCCCGUUCCCACUUCCUGUCCCUUAGGCUGAGGAGAUCAUGGAUAGUCCCCCUAAACUGGCUGGAGAGACGCUGAUCGUGCACCACAUCCCUCUGGUCCACUGCCAGGUGUCGGGCUCACGCCAGCGCUGCAGCCCGCUGAAACGGAGCAACCCGUUCAGCUGCCCGGAGAACCUGGGCCUCAGCAGAACCACCUCCCUUCCCGAGCGCGACGUCCUGCAGAGAGAGGCGCUGCUUUACAGCAGCCUGAUCCAAACCGCCAGCGCCAAGGACGACUACGAGGAAGGAGGAGGACGAGGAGGGAAAGGGGGAAGCACGGGGGCCAGCGACACCUCGUCGUUAACGUCCAGCAAUUCCGAAGAGCCGCCUCUGGCCAGGUGCGGAAAACGCCAGGAGCGCCCUCGCUCGCUCCGACACAAUCCUUUCCUGCUCAACAGCAAUGAAGAUCAAGGUGACGAAGAGGAGGAUGAGGAUGAUGAUGGCGAUAACCUGAACGGCUACCUGGAAGAUUCGUCCUUCCACCUCCACGGUAUCGAGGAUCCGAACGCGGGUCUCGGGGAGGAACGGGUCCUGGGCUCGUUUCAUCUGCACGAGUUUGGUUUGAGCUUGGACCCGGAGCCUUUUCUUCUGCACGGGACUCUGGACAAACCCUGGAGCUCCGCCGCCAGCGGCCACCCGGGGGCGCCAGACGGCCAAGACAGAAACAAGGGAGGGACUUUCGACUUCUCCGCCCGUCUGGAGCUGCUGGGAUUGGACGGAGGCCAGCGUCGCCAUGGUAGCAGCGGUUCCACUCUGUCCAUGGACUGCGGAGAGCAGGAAUGGGGCGACGAGGACGAGGAUGAGGAGGGUGACGAUCACGGGCGGGGAAGUCGUGCGGGGAGCUCCGACUGCUCCAGCUCUGCCGUGGCGCCUCACUGUUCGUGUUGCGGCCUCUCCCAGCCGUACUCCGAAACGUUCUCGGAGCCGUUUUCCGAGAACCAGCUGGGUUACGGGAGCGACUCUUCCUGCAACAGCUCCGACGGCGUGUUGGUCAACUUCAGCACCAUCUACAACAAGAUGAACAACCUGGUUCCCGCCAAGCCACCGCCAAUCAACCUCAACAGCUCCGCCCAGCACUCUUGCUCCUCCUCCUUGUCCGAGCCCCACAAUGCAGGGUCGGGCUUAACUGAGACGAGUGGGGGCGGGGCUUUUUACUUGGACCUCCACACCUCACCCACCGAACCCCCACCUCAGCCUGUCCCCACUACCCGGGAAACCACAAACUCCACUUCCUCCUGUGGAUGCCCCGCCCAGUCGCAGGGGACAGUGGAAGUCGAUGCUAACUGCAACUCCUACCACAACCACCUGACCAAUGAGGAUGCCUCCGCCAACAACGACCUCACUUCCUGCUUGCAGAGUCAGGCUCGGCUGGUGGUGGCAACGCAGAAUUACUACAAACUGGUCACCUGUGACCUUUCGUCCCAGUCCUCUCCCAGUCCAGCUGGAUCUUCAGUCACCAGCAGCUCGGAUGAACCCAGUAAAGGAAGCCCAACCCAGCCCACUGAAUAUUACCUCUUCGGAAGACCCGCUGGGGAAGAGGAAGAGGAAGAGGAGGAAGAGGGAGAGAACACUGAGCUGUCUCAGCAGAAUGACGAGAAGUCGACCCAUUCGGACCCUGUCCCAAAUGUCAUAGAGGGGCAAGUGUACGUCAACGUCUCCCCUCCCGUGUCAAACCGCGGGAUGGGCGGAGCCACGGGCGGGCGACAGCGUUCCCGGAGCUAUGACCGUCACCUGGAUAAGUCUCCGCCCCCUCGCUUGGGUUCCCUGGAGCGCAUGCUCAGCUGCCCUGUGCGUCUUAGCGAGGGUGCCGCCCCCUGCCCGCCCCCUCCGCCCCGUGUCACCUCCUUUGCGGAGAUAGCGAGGAAUAAGAGGAGAGGAGGAGUAGGAGGUGCCACAGGUGGGUCGCCCUCCCUCAAGGCCAGCAUGGAGGGGUCCUCCAUCCAUUCCCAAUCCUCUGGAGAGUUCUCCCCCAUUCCGGAGGUGCUGCUGCCCAGAGAAAGUCAUAGUUUACCGCCGCUGACCCGAUGCUACAGUCAGGGGAGUUGUGAUCAGACCUUACCACUCCGAGACUGCAUGGGGGCAGUUGGAAAGGAAGCACGUACCAAAGCAGAAGGUGGUCUGACUUCUUCCUCACCUGGAGUCGUGAGAUACAGUAAAGACCAGCGUCCAACUACGUUACCCAUACAGCCUUUCACCUUUCAGCACCAGUUUGGGAAAUCUCAACCCAAACCUCUGCUCCCACUACUGAACGACUACAUCAGUCACAUGCAGGGUCGUGGGGGGGCUGCGCCCAAGGAGGACGAGGAUGAACCCCCCAGCGACGUCCUCCGGCGAGCUGUGGAUGCCCCCUCAGCUGCCAGACCCUCUCCGCUAGGAAGCUAUUCCCCCGUUCGGAUCCAGGGCGGGGCUCCUAGUUCUGGAACGUGCUCCACCUGCACCCCCAGCCCUGACCGGGCCCCUGGAGGCCCUCGGCCCCCUCGGAGCCUCUCUUGUCCUGUCUCGGCCGGCCUUCUGCCCCAGCGCACGCCCACAAAGGCGGAGCAUCAGCCAAAGUCACGCCCGCUCCCUCCAACUCCUCCCCCGGCCCCUCUGUCGACAAGGAGCCCGCUGGUCCAGCCCACGGCCAGGCAGGCAGGGCUUUGUUUCCACGGAGAUGGCUUGGCACCCUUGCCAACGUUACCCGCCACCGGACUCGGAGCCACACUCGGACACCUGGAGCCCGUCCGACAUCAGGCAGGCAAGACGGGCGUGACCACAUGCAUGGCACAGCGCCAAACGAAUGGUCAACUCCAGCAAUAUUACAGCGACUUCUUGCCAGAUUACUUCUCACAGACAGAGCGCCCUCCAGAGGAAUUCUGCCUCUCCCCAGACGCCUCCUCAGACGAGUCUAUCUCUAUAGACCUGCUGCAGAAGAGAGGUUUGGUAAAGUCUAUAAACACUGCAGUGGACCUGAUUGUAGCUCAUUUUGGGACCAGUCGAGAUGCUGGAGUGAAGGCUAAACUGGGCAACAGCUCGGUCAGUCCUAACGUAGGUCAUCUCAUUCUGAAGUACUUGUGUCCAGCCAUCCGGGAGCUGCUGCAGGACGGACUGCGUCCAUAUGUCUUAGACCUGAUCAUCGGCCAGAGACGCAACCAGCCAUGGAGUAUCGUAGAGGCCUCUACGCAGCUGGGACCCUCAACACGUGUGCUACACUCUCUGUUCACCAAAGUCUGCCAGUACUCCGAGCUGACCAAUCACAGCAUGCGACUCAAUGCUUUCAUCUUCGGCUUGCUGAACCUGAGGUCUUUGGAGUUUUGGUUUAAUCACAUUUACACACAUGACGACAUCAUAGCAGCACACUACCAUCCGUGGGGUUUCCUCCCACUGUCGCAGGGGCCAUGCCAGCCGCUGUUCGAGGAGCUGCUACUCCUCCUCCAGCCGCUGUCUUUGCUACCCUUUGACCUUGACCUCCUGUUUGAGCCACACCUCCUUCAGAAAGGGCGGGAUCACCUCAGACGAAAGGAGCAGCUCUGCUCUGCCGGACAGGGCCUCGACCAAUCAGCACGCUCCACUUUCCAGCUGAUGAGAGGCUGGGUGGAGUCCAGGAGAGAGGGGGCGGGGUCUUCGAGUGAAGCAGGGGAGAUGCAAACGCAAAGGUUCUCACUUAUGCGAGAAGGAGCAGUAUCUGGUAUGGAGAGGGCGGAGUCAAAGAGAGGUACGGUCGAGCAGAGGAGAGAAGGGGCGGGCAGCGAAUCAGUGACAAACCGGGUGUGGCCAGGUUCAGACUCGUGCAGUUUGGCGGCAGGCGGAAUGGAAGGAGUUCGAAUGAGUGCAGAAAGGGUGAAGGGUGUUGGUGGGGAGUGUCAGAGAGAGGGACAGGAGGAUGGAGAGAGAGAGAGAAAAAGCGAAACACGAGACUCCACCACUCAGGCACUGGGCGGAGCCAAACAGAAGAACAAGCAGGCGGGUUGGUGGUACCAGCUCAUGCAAAGUUCUCAGGUUUACAUCGACAAUUCCUCCGAAGGAUCCAGAUUCGUCAAAUGGGAGAAAAGGAAGAAAUCGGGCACGGAGGGGCGGAGACAGGCCUACCCGCCCCUCAGGGAGGGAGUCGUGGAAGGAGCAGAGGCGACCCAGGAGGUGGAGGAGCAAUUUCAAAACACUGCCAUCAGCAGCAACACCAAAUGUGGUAACGGCUACGAACCUUCAGCCCACACGGGAAGCGCCAACCCUGCCAAAGUCCGUCCGUCUUGGAUGGGCAGCCCGCCGGAAUCAGUGCUCAACGAACUGAAAAAGAGUGAAGAGAGGGUACCGGAAACUCAGGGGGCUGACCAGGGUGGGCCGCAGCCCGCGACUGCGGGAGACGCGUCCGCACAGGGUAUGCGCUGGGGCAGGUUGUUUGGAGCUGUCCCUUCCGCCAAGACAGAGAAAACCGAACAGAAACCAAACCGAAGUCAAAAGAGCAGGCUUCCAUCGGGAUGGCUGAGUCUAGACACAUCAGUUUUGGACUUUGUGGUUCAGACAGUCGGAGCUGGGAGGCGAUUGGAUCGUUCCCAGACCAAUGAGAGCCCAGAGCCUUCUCCUGCCCAGGAAGCACAACCGAUCGUCGCCCAGCAACAAGCCCCAUGUGAGGUACAGGCUCUUUGUCAUCACAUAGCCUCUGAGCCAGGACACUUGAGCUUCCAGAAGGGCGACAUACUUCGCGUCCUUGGCAGAGCCGACGCGGAUUGGCUGAGGUGUUCCCUGGGGGAUCGGGAGGGCCUUGUUCCAAUCAUCUACGUCACACUUAACGAGGAGAACCAGGGCUCCCAGGAGUCACACUAAACCCUGGACCUCCUGUCUUUGUAUGGACAAUUAAGACUGGACCUGCUUUAAUGUCAGGCCACUGGAUGGUAGUUCACACGCUAAACAGGAACAUUUUUGGACAGUGGUUUCUAUCGCAACUUCGUAAGACAUAGGAACCCACUCGCAUGCAGACCUACACAGACACGCACACAUUCUCAGAUACACACUGAAAACAACCUGAAUAUUGCGCAGAACUGACAACUCUCAGAGGAUUCAAACGCAUUCCGAUGCUCUGUCCAUCUGUCCUGUCUGCACAGCGCUUCUACUUUUGUCCGGCACUGGGAGGAAAGGAUUUGGUCAUCUUUCAGGGCCCCCAAAGGGUCCAUGGAAAUUACCAUUUGGUUUUUCACUACACUUCGCACCGCUUUUGUCGUGAAGAGUUGCUGACUAAGCACUGUUGCUUGUUUUUUUGUUUUAGUUUUUGUUCUGUUUUGUUUUGUUUUUUUUUCGUCUGUGCUUUGCUUCUGUGAUAACACUUAGUCUUGCUCAAUUUGGGUUUGAGACGGCAAGACACGUUUAGAUGUCAACCGUGGAUUGAGCAAGAGAAGAAUCAAGGCAUUAGCUAUCUUAACUAGAAAUCAGAUAAGGGAAUACAUUUGUCUUUCAGGGUGCUUUACACAGAUUUGGAAUUCCUCUGUGUAGCUAAUAGCCUCACUUUGACUCCUGGGUUCCCAAAACUUUUAGCUAUAUCUUAUGAUUUACAGUGCCAUAAUUGAUAAACAGUAAUCCCAAACAUCUGCCGGCGUUAGCUGCAUGCUAAUAACAACACUGAUCUCAUUCAAAGAAACAUCAAAAAACAAGGACUUGUUCAAGAAACCCGUUAAAAUAUGGUUCAUAGUCAUUCUUAAGAAACGGCUGAAAAAGACAUUCAGGAGUUUCAAGGUUGUUUCCGGAUGUUCAGCCAAGCUAAUAUUGAAUGACAGCUAUGCCAGCUAUCAGCAGUUGUUGCUAAAUGCUUCUCAAAGAUUAUUCCAUUUUGUUUUAGGAGAGUUAAAUCACUAACGUAACAACACCGUAGCAAUGAGUGUUAAGAAAGAAUUCUUCCCCUCAUUGUGUUUUCCCCCUGUAUCUAAGCCACACACCAACUUUUUAAAUUGCUAGCUGGUAUUAGCAAAUGUUAGCCAAUGUUUGUCUCACUGAGUGCAUUUCUGGUUUUUAGUCAUUUCGGCUGAAUGGACAUUUGUGGACUUUUCACACUUUGACUUUUGUGAUUAUGGUUUAUUUUUGAAUGAAAAAAGACAACUAGCAAACUAACUAACAAACAGAAUCUUAGCUGCCUUAUAAUAACACCACUAGUCUCCAUAGUGACUUGUACCUGUCUCCAUGACCACCACUAUUCUAAACAUAGUGGCCAGUCAUUAAUACAUUACAAUACAGUGAAGAUGAAGAAGACAGAGAUUACGGUCUUUCUGGACAGACAUACCACCUCAGAUGGAUCUUUGAUGAAGGACAGACAAACAAACCAAUGAAAUCCCUUACUCUACUGCUUGCCCUACCCCAUUUCACAUACAGCCCUCUCACUGGAGAGUGCAUGAGGCAGGGGCAAUACUUAUUCAUUGCACAUCCAAUAGUGACCUGAUAGCCAAUUGCGUGUCCCUAAUAACUGAUAUAUAUGUCAUAACCUUUCAGGUACUCUCCCAUACUCUUCUUAAUGUCCCUCAACAGGAGGCUCAAGAAGGGACAACAAUGCUGUCAAAACCAAGUAGCCAAUGUGGAGUCAUGUGCUUCUGUAAUACACUGGGCUCUGUUUAUGCAUCUGCUGUUGAAGUAACGUUAAUUUAACCGAAUGAUUUUUGGAAGUUGUUGAGACCCAUCUAAUAUGGGUGAGUUUUUUGUGAGGAUGUAGAUUGACGGGUGGAUGGACUCAUGAAUGAACGGAUGGAUGGA